AUGGAAGUUUUCGGAACCGUAGCGAGCGUUAUAGCUUUGAUGAAGCUAGUCGCCCAGCUUAGAGAAAAAGCUUAUGCGGAUCCAAAUGCUAGAAAAGAAGUCGAAAGUUGUUGUAUAGUCUUAUCAGGAGUUGCCUAUUCAUUCGAAAUCAUUCACACCUUGUCAAGCGGACCCGAGCCAGCCCCAGCUCUUAUCGUGGAGAUACAGGGCCAAUCGCAAAAUGUUGUUGAGGUGUGCUCAGAGAGAAUCGAAUCCAUCAUAAAGGAUGUACAGGAACUCGUUAAAAAGUUUGCAAUCGCCCGAAAGAACCCAAACCCCUUCACCAAUUGGGCUGCAAGGCUCCGUUCAAGAUCAAAGUCCAGCGAGACAAAGGUGAAGCCUCAACGUAUCCGCAAUUUAGUUGAGGAGGCAAAGGUUCUGGAAAGGUCGUUGCACUUUGCAAUGUCAAGCCUUAUAUAUGCGAAGAUGGGGGCCAGCCACACGGACUGGCAGCAAACCUUCAAAGACAUGAUUGAACGGUUCGAGAAGAGUCAGCAGGCCUGGCGAGCUGAAACGUCUUCGAUUGGGGUUUAUACUACUACAAUGAGAGCGGAGCAUAGCACGACAUCACAACCUCUACAGGAUGUCUCCGAGACAGAAGGAGGUUCCGACCACGAGGCUUCUCGAAACUCACCCGGAGCACUCAUCCUGGUUAACGAAUCUUCCAGCCUGUCAGAGGGUCUCGAAAGCGAGACUGAGAUGGUCGCAGAGAUUUUCGACGAUGGACGAGUCGUCCCGUACAGCUACUACAAUGCUGGCGAGGAACACGAUACAACUCACGCAGAGACUACCUCUGAAUCCGAGACUGGAGACACCGAUACGCCAAUCGAAAUCGAGACCGAUGCUCUCACACACGAACCAGAAGCCUCAGACCAUGAAAUACAAUGCACCAGGAGGCUCAGCAAUGAGACUACAGAGAUCAGUCGCUCCGGAUCGGUUUUUCUCGAUGCAGCCACCAACAUCGCUUCCUGCUGGAGUGACGACACGAAUGCAUUUCGCUUUUGUGUUCACCACCUCAGUGUGCAAGAUGAUGGACAGUUCACUGCCAUGUUGCGAGAGCCUUGCUGUCCCGCUAUUGGGCCUUGCCAUCAUAUCUCGUUGCACUGGCGCGAAGACUCGCUGCGUACUGUAAAACUGCCGGUAAUGUUCGAUGUCACAGUUCGCCAGGGACAGAUCCUCUCCAACGCCGACCUUAGUGAGCAGGCCGAACGAGCAGAUGUUCCCAUCCUGUGCUUUUUACCAAGCUGUUCGAACAGGGAUAUGCAUACCCUGAUUUACAUGCUCGAAGGAGCACGCACUGGGUACGCAGCUCCUAACAGCGAUUUUACCAUCAUGCAGUCAUGGCCAGCGAACAGCGAGGACGAAGACUCCGCUGAAGAGGAAGAGCUGAAUGGUAACAACGACGAGGCAAAUUCUGACCUCGGAGAGGACAACGAAGAAAGGCAAGACGAAGGUGAUCGAAACACGGCAAAAUGCGGUAUUGGAAAUUAUACUGCGGUACCGUGUUUCUUCUGUGGUCGCGACGCUUUGCAACCCACGAUGAGCGCAGAGGGGUCUUGGGGAAUUUUGAUUUACCGCAAUGAUUCGAUUGGCUACAACUGCAGUCGAUGCGAGAAGAGGACUUGGGUGUCAGGUGGAGAGUGGACGCUUGCACCGCCAGGUGGCACCUGGAACACUUGGUAAGCCAAAAGGUAGAUCCAGGUGCUACUAUCACUACUUCACAGAUUGUUUUAGACACGGAUAAAUUUUGAAUGUAAUGAUGCGUAGAAUGAAUAUGCCU